AGAUGAUGGAAUUUAGGUUCGAUUUCUUGCGAAUAAUUUGUCAACACGAGCACUAUAUUCCGCUUAAUUUGCCUUUGGACUGUCGAGCAACUGGCGAGUUGUAUGAGUACGAGCUUACAGAUAGUUACUGCAAGAAUCACUUUCUAUGUGGACUGCUUCUACGACAGGUAGGUCGUUAUUGUUUGAUUUUGUCACUUCACUUUAAUUUUGCAUCUCUUUUCUGCAGUAGCGCUCAACCUGCUCUUCUUUACUCGAUUAUACUAUUGAUAAUAGUGAUCUUGCGUUACUUUUCACCUACCUACCUCUACUCUACUUCUACUUUACUUUACUUUACUUUACCCCUUUGUGUUGUUUCUUUGCUCACCUGUACCCCAACUGAUGUUUUAGGUUAGCCAAGCUCUUGCUGGAGGAAGACUUAUUCGUAAAAUGGCCAUUCGUAUAUUUCGUGAUUUACUGGUAAAACAUGAACUGGAUGUUAGAUAUUCUGAAAAGGUAUUUAAUUUGUAGGAAACAUUUUCUACUACGUAACCAGAUAUAUUACUCAAACCUGGGGUCCCUUAAUCUCGAAAAGGGGAUUGUGAUUGAUAAACUACAGUACCUGAAAAGUUCCUCCAAAGAAGUCCGUGAUGAUCCAUGGAGAUAGCGGAAUAUAUUUACUUCAACAUUGCUUCAAAUACUGUAUUCAUAUUCUAGUUAUUCUACCUCAAAUAUUCAUAUUCAAACUAGUUUACAACAACUCACUAUUGUAAAUUCCGCUUCCACCCCCGACAAUGAGCUGCUACUUGAAAACUUUAUUUAACAUGCACUUCUGCUUUUGCUUUCUAGCAAGGGCCUUGACCAGGCAUUAGGUACUCUUGAAAGGCAUUCGAUCUAGAAUUCGAAGCGUUUCGAUCUUUUUUAGGUAGUUUAGAUACACGCACGGCGCCCUUAUAUUACAGUCUGCAGAGCAAUUAUCAGUUGUUCUUGUGUAUAGCAUCAUUGCUCUGCAUAUGGGAGAAACAAUCCCGUAUAAACUGUGUUACACGGGUUGUUGGUUUUACAUAAUUUGUAAAAUACAAUCAACAAAGUUUUAAUUUCGGGUUUGAACGCAGAAUACCUUUCUCGAAUACAAUAUUUUUCCUAUCUUAUUUUUCAUUACAUGUGCUGUUUUGAGCCCGCGGUCAUACUGACCAUUUCCGAAGUACUUAGUCUCUUAGUCUCUUAGUAAAAUGUAACAUUACUCGGCUUAUAUCUGCACUCUAUCUUCCUUUUCCAUCACCUUUGAUAAUCGUUCUUAUCGGUUUUUACUAUAGUGUAUAUUAUACUGUAUCGAACUUUCGCCUGUUUUCCAUAUAGGAAAAACAAUCCCGUAUAGCAGCCCUGUAUCUUCCCUUUCUGACCGUAACCUUGGAACAUGCUGGAAGGUUUCCUGGCAGUCACCAUUCUGAAAAGACUUGGUCAUCUUCACAAACGAUACUUCAAGCAAGUGAUCAAAAUACAGAAACUGCUUCAGGCUCUGAUUCAUACCCUCCCAGUAUUUCUUCAAGAACUACGACAAUUGCGUCGUUGUCUGAAGCUGCUAGCAGGAUUAAUGCUCAAGUGCCUUUCGAUGAUGAGGAGACAAAAUAUUUAAUCCUCUGUAUGUUGUAUAUUUUAAAAAAUUUGGAACAAAGUAAGUACCAUACAGUCUGAAUUAUUAACAUAUAUCAAUGGCGUAAACUUUUUUUUAGAUAUAUCUGUCGUUGCAGCCAGGAAAGCUUUACUUAAACUCAUUGAUAUUAUAAAACAUUUAUUAUUGUCAGCUUUCUACACCAUAUAUACAAUUAAAAUAAGACUAAAAAGGCGAUUUCAAACAAGUUUCGUCCUUCGGACCUUUUCAAUAAAUCGCCAUGGCGUAAACUGUUGCCAAAUUUCAUUUAAAUUUCAUUUAAAGUACGUCUAAUUCUUACAAUACGUAUACACCAGGUGAUCUCGUGUUCGUAUUUUAGCCAAUCAGCGCUCAGAAAGGGUUGUCCGAAUAGAAAUCCAUUUUGAUGUAUUCAGACAAUUAUAUCUUUCGUUAUUCUUUAUGAAACCUAGUUGAAAUUAUGUAAUUAUGUUUGGUUAUGAGAACUAUAGCUCUGACAAAAAUAUGGAAUCGAAAUAAAGUAAAUUACAGGAGAUAUUCAGUUGUUUUAAUCAUAAAAUGGAUUUCUAUUUGACAACUAGUGCCAGUAUUUUUCCGCGUAUGAAGAUCACCUGGAGUACAUGGCAAUUUACAGACUAAUCCUCAAUCAAAUUACUGCUUAUAGUAGUUAUAGAAGAGUAGAAUCUUUGUCUUAUCGACUAACUUUUCGAAAGACGGGAGACUGUCCCUAGCCAUUCACUCUUCCAAAUUGCCAAUAGAGCACCCCAGUGCCACCAACCACUACUAUUAUAGAGUUAUAGCCUCAAAUCGCCCUUUCACAUUUAUAUAGCGAUUGUUCUGGAUUGGUUCAAACAGAUCUCAAGUUCAAAUUCCAAGUUAAAUUCGUGGAAUACCCCAUUUAGCACGCUGCGACCUCAGCAAGACAAGAUGUAUUCAAAAUUUUCGUCUGUUAUCGACUUCUUUGAUUUACUUCAGUAAGUGGACAAUGGUUAUUUAUAUCAGAUUAUCAUUGAAUAUAUUUAAAAUAAAUUAUUGCAAUUGCAAUAGGAAAACAGGACAUGAUCAAGUCCUUGUAAAUGACUUCGAUUGCGAGGUCUUAAAAUCCGAUUCACUGAACUCAACCCGAGGAUGAAAUUUAAUCAAGUCCCAAUCUCUAGAGUUGAUGAAACUUAGCCCAGUGUUAAGGCUUGGUCAAACUUCAUGCAGUCCUGGGAUUUUAUCAAUCUUAAUCCAGUCAUAUAGACCUUGCAAGAUCAAAGUUUAUCUAAUCUUUAGACUUCAUCAAACUUAAUGCAGUGCAAAGAUUUGAUCAAAUUUCGUCCAGUCCUAGGUCUUGAUCAAACUUCACCCAUGCAGUCGCAGGACGUGUCAAACUUCAUCCAGUCCUAGGACUUGAUCAAACUUCACCCAGUCGCAGGACGUGAUCAGACUUCAUCCAAGCCUAAUACUUGAUUAAAUGUACUUGACAGGUUUUGAGUAUCAUCACAUGAACCAAAUAAAGCAAUAUGCUUCGCUAACUUGUUCACUCAUUAGAAAUAAGUGUAAGAUAAUAUUAACCACUUCUCAACGUGGCACGUUGAACAUGCCACGUUAUUAAUAAGUAGUAUAUGAUUAUUUUGUGUAUGUUGGUGUUAUGUACUCGGUGAAUAUGAUGUUUGUGAUGUUACUCUGAGUGUGCAUCCACACCGGGCAAGCUGAAAAGUUAGCUUGGCCACGGUUAGCCUGCAUGGCAGGCGGUCCCUAAAAUCGGGCAGGCUAGGCCACGGUAGGAAUCGAACCCGCGACCUAUAUGUUGUGAAUACAAACUUAUAAUUUGUCAUUUUCUUCAGACUUAGCGUGAAACACCUCCAGUAUCGAGGGAAAGCAAGCAUAACAACUCAGAGGUACCAUCAAUGACAAUGAUAUAUUUAAUUUACAUAUAAUAUUACAUAUGAUAUAUUUAAUUUAUUUUUAUGAUCGAUCAGUUCGUACCACAAUUCUAUAUAGGCCUAUGUAGUAUACGUGAUAAUGUAUACUCAAACGUUUGAUUGUUUUAUCUAGUUAUAUAAACUAUUUAAAGACAUUUGAACUUUAAAAUAUGUGUUUCUCUUAUUUUUAGCCCUCCAAAGCAUGCUGUCAAAUCUUAUUUUGAGCAGAAAUAUCAGGAAAAUAUUCGUCCAACACGCGCCUCUCUGAAAAGCCAAAAUCAAGCUGGUAAGUCACUAUCAGGACAUAACAAAAUUAUAAAUUCAAAAAUCGCCUAAUAUAGGUUUUUUAUUUUGUAAAUAAAUCUCAUGUUGUAUUUUUAGUAUUAUAUGUUGAUUCUCAAAUCAGAGUUUUAAAGGAAGGAAAUUUUGUUAACGAGCUUGGCCUGGUUGUUUUGGAUUUGGUCGAGUUAUUUUGCUGUCAUUUUAGGGUAAUCAUACUUUCCUUUUCUCUGAAAGUGUUGCAAGAUUGUAGUGAGUAAUGUAAUAAGAUUUGAUAAAUUUUCUUUUACAGUUUCACUUAGAAAAAGACGAGGGAAACAAUGUCGUGAUGAGUAAGGUGCGUAUACGUGUGUGAGAUGGUGUGAAAGGGGUAAUAUACAUUUAAGUACGGGUUAGGAUAUAUUCCUGUCCAAUCAGGGAUAAAUGGUGAACAUCGUGUUUGCUACUGAUUCUUGGCUAACAUGGAAAGAACGUAAAACUUUCAGUCUAGAUCAGGAGUGCAUGUUAGCAAGAGAUAAUAGAAAAUCAAAGGUUUAUUUCAUAAAAUUGUUUUUGUAGGUGUUUGGUGUUUUAUUAACUUUCCUUCAAGUUGGUCAAUCUGAAAAAAUGCUAAGACAUGUGUUUGCAAGUUUGAGAUCUUUUAUCCACAAGGUAAUGUUGUAAAUUAUAUUAUAUUUUAAUAUUAUAUGUAACAUAUCAUUCCUUAAACAGUUUUGAAUCUGGGUGAUCUCUCAUAAAUAUUAAUCUUAUUUUUGUAAUCUCUAUUCUCAGUUUCCGACAGCUCUAUUCAAGGGUGCUGGAGAGCAUUGUGGUCGUCUGAUUUACGAGGUAGCGCCUAUAUAUGCGUACUGUGUAGUGGGUUACAGUAUUUCGAAAAUUUUAAAUCGUCGUCUGAAUAGACGAUAUAUUAAAGAUGGGUUUAAGAAUUCCAAAAAUGGAUAUAUGAAAAAUACCAUAUCGUAUUCUACCAUCUUAAAAAGACACAGAACGAUAUUUACAUGCAUAAGAUCUUAAACAAGACAAUUUAAAAUUGUUAAAUAUAGUUUACUCACAGAAAAUUUUGUUGCAAAGUGUGUAUAGUUUUUUAUUCGCCAUACAAUUUCCCUCAUGCAAAACCAAUGGUUUAAAAACUACUUGCUUACAGUAAUUCAACGACGUUUAGACGGUUUAGUUGGAAUCCUACUUUUCAAAACCCCAUAGGCAUAGUGAAUACAAUUUAAAUAUAUGUAACUUGUAAGGAAUACUAUAUUUAUAGAAUUAUAGUUAAAAUGUUCUUGAAAUUCAAUGGCAUGGUGCUAUACAUAUAUAUUAUAUGCUUCUGCUGAUUUUAAGUAAAGAAACACGAACUGUUUUUCUUUACAUUUGGUACAUUGUUCACUUAUUUUGUGUACAAUUGUUUUCGCAAAGUACAGUAGCUUAUAAAAAACAUUGUAUUUUAGGUUCUAAGAUGUUGCAGUAGUAAGCUGGAAAUUGUUCGUCAUCAGGUAAAAAUCCCCUGAGUUCCUCUGUUCUCAUGCAUGAUUCGUCUAGGUGUAGUGAUAAGUAAACACACUCGUGGUGUUAUAUCAAGUCUGGGUUGCGUUGCUGAUUCCUUUUUCAGGGUUCCUACAAAACUAGAAACUCCUUGAAUUUGAAACCAAAAAUGCUAUAGGCCUAGUGAAAGUCCAUGAAUUUAUAAAGAAGUGCUUGAAAGAAAGUCCUUAAAUGUGUCUUGCUUUAGUUUUUGGAUAUUUUCUAAAAUUUGUCAGUUUAUUAUCUUCUGUGCCUAUAACAUUAAAAAACAGUCAUUUUGUUGAAUUGAUUUUGUUCAUGUCUUACAAAGCUGUUUGAAAAAUAAAAUUCAUUAAAGUAAUUUCAAUGACUGUGAACAGUUUAAAGUCACCUUUAAUCCUUGAAUUUCUUUAUACAUAGCCUUGAAAGUGCUUCAAUUUUUCUCUUCCUGAACUGUACGAGCCCAGCUUUUGUUCUGCUCAUGAGUUAUUAUUGAUCUGGCAAGCCAUGAUAAAGUGUGUUUAAUGUUAAUUAUCAGGCUCAUUCUCUGCUGUAUCUAUUGAUGAGAAGUAAUUAUGAAUUUAGUGGUGGAGCUGGUUGCAUUCGAGUACAUCUACAGGUGAAUAGAGUUUAUAUAUAUUUUCGAUUUUAAAAAUACUUCAUUUUGCAAUAUUCCUUAAUAAAUCUUUUAUCCAGGUUUUAGUCGCUGUCUCGAAAUUGAUUGCCUUGGGCCAAGAUGGAGCUUCAAUGAGUAGUUCAUUAAUUGCUUUAAGAAAUUAUGUCAGUGGUGAUAAAGUAUUAAUGGUAAAUCGUGUAGUAUUGCUUAUACACAAUACAAUUGUUCCCCUUCACUAUAUCUGUACAACGUCUCCUUUUUUGUAAAAAUCUAUGUUUAAAACAUUCAUUUUUAAAGUCGCCGUAUAUAAUAUUGUUUCUCUGUCUAGUACACAUCUUUAAGUACGGAGGUAAAAGAUCUUAUCAAGAAAGUUCACACUGUUCUACAAGCUACAUCUCGAAUGAAGGUAACUAUGCAUGUUUACGUUUAACAAACCCUCUAUGUUGAU